AUGUCCGCCGAAACGAUCACCACCAUCUCCCCCUCCACCAACCGCCCGAUCAUCACCCGGACCGGCGUCUCCACCGACGAAAUCAAGCACAUCCCCGCUCUCGCCCAGGACGCGUACCGGUCCUUCUCGCAGUCCACGACCCUCAAGCAGCGCCAGGAGAUCGUGGCCCGCGCGCUCGACAUCCUCGAGAAGAAGAAGGAUGCGCUCGCGCGCGAGCUGACGGAGCAGAUGGGCCGGCCCAUCGCCUACACCGGGGUGGAGAUCGCGACGGCCGUGAAGCGCAGCCAUUACUUGACCAAGAUUAGUUCGGGGAUCCUGGGCGAUGAGGGCGUUGUCCCUGGAGAGGAGGAGAAGGGGUUCAAGCGGUUUAUCAAGCGGAAGCCUGUGGGUGUGGUGUUGAUAAUCUUUGCGUGGAAUUAUCCCUACCUCGUUCUCGUCAACAGCCUGAUCCCAGCCAUUCUGGCCGGCAACGCCGUGAUUUUGAAACCCUCGCCUCAGACCCCCACGGUCGCGGAGCAGGUCGCCGGUGCGUUCGCGGAGGCGGGGCUUCCCGAGAACGUGCUCCAGUAUGUCCACUGCGGAUCACCCGAGAUCCUCGAGACCAUCAUCCGCUCACCUGAUGUCAAUCAUAUCUGUUUCACGGGCUCGGUGGCCGGAGGAUUGGCGGUCCAGAAAGCCGCUUCGGAUCGGAUCGUCAACGUCGGGCUGGAGCUUGGUGGCAAGGACCCGGCCUAUGUUCGGGACGAUGUCGAUGUCGCAUGGGCGGCAGAGGAGAUCGUCGACGGCGCUAUCUUCAACAGCGGCCAGAGCUGCUGCGCGAUCGAGCGGGUCUACGUGCACAAAAACAUCUACGACAGCUUCGUGGACGAGGUCAAGAAGGUCUUGAGCAAGUACCGCGUCGGCAACCCGACCGAUAAGAACACGCAGAUCGGGCCGGUCAUUUCGACGCGCGCGAAAGAGAUGAUCCUGGCACACAUCGCGGAUGCGGUCGAGAAGGGCGCGAAGGAUGAAAACCCCGCCAAUGAGACGUUCGACAAUCUCCCCGAGAAUGGCAAUUACGUCAAGCCCACCCUGUUGAUAGGCGCCAACCACAACAUGCGUGUGAUGACAGAAGAAACCUUUGGCCCCGUGAUUCCCGUGAUGAAGGUGGAGAGUGACGAGGAAGCUAUCAAGCUCAUGAACGACAGCGAGUUCGGCCUCACCGCAAGUAUCUGGACCAAAGACGUUGCCAAGGCGGAGGAUCUCAUCGAACAAGUAGAGGCUGGCACCGUCUUCAUUAACAGAUCCGAUUUCCCGAGCCCGGAUCUCGCCUGGACUGGUUGGAAGAAUUCAGGACGCGGCGUCACCCUGAGCAAGUUCGGAUUCGAGCAGUUUGUGAAGCUCAAGAGCUACCACGUCAAGGAUUACCCCAAAUAG